AUGGACUUCCUCAGCGCUCGCCAGACCAGUGUCGAGACCACACAGUCCGAGUUCAUGCUGCAUGUGGGGUUCCUGAAGCCAGUCUUCUUCCACAUGGCGUCCGGAUUCAAGCGCACGGCAACGGAAGCAGGCUUCCAAGGACCAGCUUCUCAGCGUGUUCAUCGGGUUUUCAGUGAGCUGCUGUCCGGAUUGGUCGCAUGUCUUGGUAUCUCGGUCGAUUUGACAUCGGUUUCAAACCUCGCCGACAAACCUGCCCAACGCGCUGCCCUGAGGGGAAUUUUGAAAGACCUCGAAGCCAAUGCACAGGUCACGGCAACUCAGAGGCAGAAAGAUGACGCGGCAGCAGCACUCAAGGAACUGGAAUUGGAGGUUUCGCCAGGACAGCCGAAUUUCGUGAUUGGUGACCAAUUGCUUCAGACGCUCAAAACUGAGCUUGAACUCAAGGUUUCUUUGGACCAAGCCCAGCUGCGAGCCGCGGCUGCCCGGCUGCGAGCCGCAGCGCUGCGUGGGCCGCGUUCAAGUGAACCGCCUUCAAUCACGGAUCCUGAUGAGGCUAUCGCCACCUUAACAGCAGCCGUUGAUGAAGGACAGUUUGACGUCGAACGUCAAGACAAACUAGUUUGGCCGGACGUGUUUCAAGCCCGUCCUUUCGCGACCAUGCAAAUGUUCCGCUCCAUCGCGCAAUCGGUUUUUGGCUCCCCGACGGACCGAAAAAACUUUCCGGUGCUCCUCAUGCGCACCAGCAGCGGCUGCGGCAAAACCGCCUUUGCCAAACACGCAAUCUCUCAGGUCGCGAACCUCAUGCGUGCGCAAUGCAACCUUACCUUUGGGCCUGCUGAUACUCCCCUGACGUCGAAUCAGAGUUUCGAGCUUACUAGACUCCUUGAACGCUCCUUGCAAAUUUUCAUCGACUUCAAUGGUGGUGAUUGCUUGUACGAAGCUCCCGCUUCCUGUCAGAAGUCCCUUCUUGCUGCUCGUCUGGCCGCUCAUGGGUUGUGCCACACCAACUUAACCAAUGCGAGCUGCACUUCAGUUUUCAGCGCAUGCAGGUCUGGUCUUCGCACACCACAGGUUCUCGACGCAAUUGUGGCACGCCAUCGCCAGCAACACCCGCAGCUCGCACGAGUUUUGAUCUUUGUUCACAUUGACGCGGUUCGCCGGAUCGCACAACGCUUAUCCUUGAAUGCGGGGACACUGCAGGAAGCAACUGAUUUGCUUCAGCGUGCGUAUCAAGAAAUCGUUGCGUACAAUGUCAACCAGAAGGAACAACAGGCCGUUGUGGUGUUACUUUUAACCGGCACUGCUCUAAGUGGCCUGAAGUUCGACACGACGCAGCACGAAUUCCAUCCAAUCAACCUUCUUCCCUUUGACCUGCGCACUUCCAUGCUGGUUCUUCGAGAGCUUGGGCUUCACGAAUCAUGGUGCUCGGAUUUGAAAUUUCGCCGGUUGGUUCGGGACCUUGGAGGUAUUCCUUCACUAUUAGGAGCAACACUAACGUACCGCUACCCUGCGUUACGGCAAGAACUCGUCCCCUCGGUCCCCAUGCAAUCUGCAGAGAACACCGACCUUGCCAUCAACCCUUCCCAAGGCCCCAUGACUGCUCUUGAAGUGAGCCAAUAUAUGGUGGACGCAGCAGCACGCCAUGUUGCCGGGGGAAUCGAGACCUUGGUCGAACUAUCGUUCGCAAACCUUCCAGUCUCUGAAGACACCCUGAUUGGUCCCAUCACAGUGGAACAGCUUGCGCAUCGUGGCGUCCUUAUCACGACCUAUCCCUCAAUGGAUCGCGUCCAGGCUCGCAUGCCAGUUGCCAUGCUGGAAGGUAUUGCGCGCCGCGACAGUCGCUAUAACUAUUCACAUGGCAGGACAAAGGUGAUGGCCGACUUUCAUACGAUCACUGGAGGCGAUGGCGAUGCCGCUUUCGAGAUCUUUGUUCUGUUUUCGGUCGCAUGCCGACUGAACUUGCUUCGGUCUCCACCUGUUUGUGAAUCAACUCUCCGGUCCGCGCCUGAGCCAGCUCAAUCUGCCCUGCUGUAUCAAGUUCUUGGUCUUUCCUCCCCGUCACUGCAAGGCAGCGCGCCUCGCAGUCUCCUGCUCAUGAGGUUUGAUCUGCAGAACCCUGUCGCAGGAGUCGCGCAACGUUUCACCCUCUUGAAAGAGCAACAUCCGUUCAUCACAAACCAGCACGAUGUCGACGAUCGCCAAACUGUCCAUACAAUCCCUGCGCAGGUUCAACGACCCGCGUGA